UAAUAUUAACGCUGCAGAACAAGAAAAAUGAUGCAUUCAUGUGUCACUGAUGAUAUAGGUACAGUAAGCACAAUGUACCUUUUUAAAGGAAUAUCAACAUUAGGAAACAUGAAAUCCCUGUAAGUGCAGUUUUGGUAAUUUUGAUGUUUAAGUUAAAUCUUACAAAUGAAUCUGUAGUCGGGUGAGAAAACACCCUGAGAAGUGAAAUCCAACCACUGGGUGGUGAAAGCCACUGGAAAACCCACUGAAUGAGCUGAAAAAUGUAUUGUGGCCAACCAUAAAACAGACUGUUUCACUUAGUUACGCGCAUCAACAUGUGAGAAACUCAGCCAUUACACCUGAAAAUGACACUGUAGUAUUUGCCUUUUGAGAUAUAUCAAAGGAUAACUCCAGUUUAUACCUUCAUGGGUUUUAUUUUCAGAGCUUUGGCAAUCAUUCAUUUGACAACACGCUUGCAGAGAUCUGGGAAUUGGAUGAGACAUCACCACAAUAAAGUGCAUCCAAGCAAAAAACACAAGUAUUGGAACAAUCGGAUAAGUUGUAAACAAGCAAACAGUUUAGCCAACCAUGUUAUUUAGAGCUAAAAACACAAGUGAGUGCAUGUGCAAUGUCUAUGCAGGAAAACUGUGCAUGCACAACUACAGUAAGUAUGAUAGAUCAAAUAUAAACCAGGGAGCCAACCUUUAAACUGUGAUAGAUUUUCUCCUUUCAAAUAAUUUGGCUAACCUUGUGGCUUAAUUAAAGCUGAUUGAUCAUGUGACAGCUCAUGUUUCUUGCACCAUUAAAAUGAACUGUUAGUGAUGUUGCCACAUUCCCAGAUGUCAUGAAUUAACUUGGUGAAUAAAAUGUUUAAGUUACAAAAAGCAAUGAAUUGCAAAACUACGUAAAUAAGACCCAUGUUGUAAUUAUUCUUUAAUCUGGUCAUAAUAUCAACAUUCUUUAAAAUUCAACCAGAAGGACUCACUAUGACAUGCGUCUCUAAUGAUGGUCACAUCACACAAAACAGCAUAACACAGUUUAUCUCUUUCAGUCUAUAUGUUCAUCAGGAAUCCUUCUUUAAAGAGAUGUUACCUGAAUUUCCUUAACCAUCCAACAUAAUUGAGAGUGUCCGUUAUGUUAUAUGUUGAAGACUUGGAGUAAGAAACACAUGUUGCGUAACAGUCAGUUGUGUGUUCACACAUGAUUCAGAUCUACGUGAUUAAAAUUCAAGAGAAGUCUGAACAGGAAGGACCAAAAGACAAAAUUUAUUCUCACUUCUCAAAAUUACUUUGCUUUAACAGAAAACAUCAGAAAACUCACAGAGGGAAUUGUACUAACAGCUGUCCAGAAGAAAAUGAAUUACACAUCUUGUCCCCGUGUCAGCUUUGACUUUACAGGCAGAUUUCUGCCUCCUGUUUUCAUCUUAGUAUUCAUCAUUGGUCUGGUGGCUAAUGGAUUGGGACUGAAGUCUUUGCUGCAGAACUGGAAGAAACUAACAAUCAUAAAUGUGUUUGUUCUCAACCUUGGACUUGCAGAUAUUCUGUAUCUGCUCACACUACCAUUCUUGGUGGUGUAUUACUUUAAGGAGAGUACAUGGAUCUUUGGAGAUGCAUUCUGCAAGAUAACAAGAUUCUGCUUCAACCUGAAUUUAUAUGGCAGCAUUGGAUUCCUUACUUGUAUAAGUGUGUACAGGUACCUGGCUAUUGUCCAUCCAAUGAGAGUGAUGAGAAGAAUAACUGUCACUCAGUCUGUGGCUAUCUCAGUCAUGGUUUGGCUGUUGGUGGGUGUUCAAAGUCUUCCAGACAUGUUCUAUGCCAAAACCAAAAGGAACAGAGCAAAAUGCUAUCAUACCACUGCUACAGCCUAUGUUGAGGAUUACCUGAAAUACAGCCUUGGAUGGACACUGACUGGGUUUUGUAUCCCACUCCUCAUCACCCUGGGCUGCUAUGGACACGUGAUUGUCGUUCUCUGUCGCAAAAAUACCACUCACAUGGAACUUAAACAAAGAAGUUUGAGGUUGUUGUUUAUUUUGAUCCUCCUAUUCUCUGUUUGUUACAUCCCUUACCAUGUAUUCAAGAACCUCACCCUCUGGUCAAGAGUUCUGAACAAACAGAAGAUAUGUCCUGAAUGGUCUAAUGCAGUAUUCAUUGCUCAUCAGAUAAGUCGUGGCCUUGUGUGUCUGAACAGUGCUCUCAACCCUCUGGUUUACCUCCAUGUGAAUGAAGAAAUUCCUGCUCAGGUCAGACAGCUGCUUCAGCGAGCUCGUCAGAUGUCCAACCGUUUGUUUCUGUCAAACUUAGACUCUGUGUCUGUGGCUCAAACUGCAGACGAAGAUUAACAAGAUUUAAGAUUUUA